AUGGACUUUUUGACAUUACGUGCAGAUGCAACGAAUGCAGAAAAGCUGGCUGAAGAGUCUGAUGAAACAUAUGAGUUCUUGACAACAAUGUUAGAAGAAGAAGAACCGCGCGCUUUGAAGUAUUUCGAUAAACAAUGGAGAAGAACCAAAGAACAUUGGAUGAUGUUAUAUCGUGGAGAAGGUGAUUCCACGAAUAACAUUGCGGAAUCACACUUUCAUCAAUUAAAGCAAACAUUUUUCUUGGGUAAGAAAAAUGAGCGCAUUGAUGACAUCGUCAUAACUCUCAUCACUGUUGUGAUUCCAAAUGCGAUUAUUAAGGUUCAAGUCGCUAAUGUUUUGAAUGAAGAAAGAGCAGUAAGAAUUCUUACAAGGGCAGGUAAUCAGAUUGUUGAGCAAAGAGCUUCAAAACACGAUGAAUGUUUGAAAUUAAUUCAACACAUUUUGGAAAUUGUCGAAAGCCGAAGGAUUGAACCUAAUGUCCUUAUUCCAUCUUUGAAGGCAAUAUUAAAUUUGGCACAAAGAAGUUUAAAGGAAGAGUAA